AAAAAGUUUAGUAGCACAUUAAAACCACAACGGUGGCGGUCGGCAUAGUAAAACCACGUAACAAUACAACUCGAAGUUUUUUUUUUCCAAAAAAAAAUGAAAAAUAUUUAAAAUAAAACGAAAGUAAAAAAAGGAUCGUUAUUUAUAUUACAAGGAAACUCUUAAGUGCAUUUCUAUUUAAAACUCAAUUUUAAGAGAAUUUCUUUUUGAAAAUAUUCUCUGUAAAUUAUAAACAUUUUAAGAAAUGUAUGUUUAAAGAAGAAACGAAAGAAAGAAAUAAAAAAUAAACUAAAGAGUGUAUUUAUUAUAUGUUGAGAAAGUAUCUCAACGAUUGUUGGUUGCACAUAGGCCAUCAACAACACAUCUCAUAUCAUUAGCAGCAGCAAAAGCAGAAGUAUUUUCAACCUCAAACCGGCAAGAUCGUGAUCUUAACGUAGCGCGCAUUUACAGCAAAUUCUAAAUCCGCUACUUUCUUCCAAUGAUGAAAUCCAAGUAUGAGAAUAUGAAAAUUAUAUACAACCGCAGUAAGUUUGGUUGGUAUUGGGCUCCGGUGUUUAUAGCAUUUUGGUUUCUGCUCUUCUAUCUGGCUGUCAUACCCAGUUUUCACUAUAUGCCCGAUAGCCUUCUAAUAGCCGAUGAGCCAAAUCAUCCAGGACGCUUUAUAGGAGAACGUGCUGAAAACACUUUACUUAGACUAACGAAAAUUGGUCCCAAAGUUGUGGGUAGUCCCGCCAAUGAACAGUCAGUGGUGGCCUUUUUAUUAGGAGAAAUAUCUCAAAUACGUUCUGAAGCCCGUUUGGAUUUGUUCGAUAUUGAGGAAGAUGUUCAAAUAGCUUCGGGCAAUUAUGUUCUCUGGAAAAUGGUCAAUUGUUAUCAGAGCAUUCAAAAUGUUGUGGUAAAGAUAACACCAAAGAAUUCGAAUAGCACUUCUGCUUUACUAAUUAAUAGUCAUUAUGAUACGGUUCCCGGUAGUUCGGGUGCUGGUGAUGCUGGUAUGAUGAUUGUUAUUAUGUUGGAAACAAUAAGAGCCAUUACCAAAUAUGAGACUGAACUAAUGCAUCCUGUUGUUUUUCUGUUCAAUGGAGCUGAAGAGAAUCCUUUGCAGGGUUCCCAUGCCUUUAUUACACAACACGACUGGGCGCGAAGUGUUAAAGCUGUUAUUAAUUUAGAUUCAGCUGGCUCUGGUGGUCGUGAAAUUCUCUUUCAAUCUGGUCCCGAUCAUCCUUGGCUUAUGAAGUAUUAUGGCGCCAAUAUUGUACAUCCUUAUGCCUCCACCAUCGGCGAAGAAUUAUUUCAAAAUGGUUUUGUACCCUCCGAAACAGAUUAUAGAAUUUUCCGUGAUUUUGGUAAUAUACCCGGCUUGGAUAUGGCACACACUUAUAACGGUUUUGUCUACCACACAAAAUAUGAUCGUUUCAAUGCUAUACCCAGAAAAACAUAUCAAUCGACUGGUGACAAUGUUUUGGCUUUGGUGAAAGCUUUGGCAAAUGCUCCUGAGUUAGAGGAUCCAGCAAAACAUGCUGAAGGUCACAUGGUUUUCUAUGAUGUUUUGGGCUGGUUUAUUGUUUACUAUUCCGAACAAACUGGUCUUAUUAUCAAUAUUGUAUUGUGUGUUUUGUUUAUUAUUACUUUAUUGGCCUAUAUCUGGAAUAUGGCCCAUCACACGGGCAUGUUUAGACGUCGUAUAUUUACCAAAUUUGGCAUAUUGCUUGCCAUCCAGCUAUCGGCCGUAGUGCUGACCGUUUUGGUUAGCAUAUUCAUAGCCUGGUUUUUGGAUGCUGUUAGUUUAUCGAUGACUUGGUUUAAACAAACUUGGAUUGUUUUCGGUUUAUAUUUCUGUCCCAUAUUCUUUAUUUUGGGCAUAUUACCGGCCAUUUACUUGGGUUAUACUAAAGAACAUGGUUUGCCUUUGGCCUAUGCCUUGCAACUGCUGAUGCAUGCCCAUUGUUUGAUAUUGACCAUAAUAGCCGUGAUCAUGAUCUCAUUCGGCAUACGUUCAGCGUUUUUGAUAACGUUAAGCAUUGGCUUCUAUACGUUAUCAGUGAUCUUGAAUAUUGCUACUUGUUUCCAUAAGAAAAAUUUCCUUUGGCUUAUACCUCAUUGUGUUUGCCAGAUCUUUCCAUUCCUUUUGUAUUCCUACUUCUGUUAUGCUUUCUAUGUGAUUUUCAUACCCAUGCAGGGUCGUGAUGGUGCCAAUUCGAAUCCUGAAUUAUUAAUUGGUGGUUUUACUGUAUUGAUUUGCUUGUUAUUUGCUCCCUUCUUGGUGCCUUUGCUGUGCUUGUUCCGCAAAUCAAAAACUAUUAUUUCUCUAUUCGGUGCAAUUUGCCUAAUAUUCAUUAUAUUGGCGGCUACUUCGGUUGGUUUUCCCUAUGCUGAAAAAGAUGCUCCACAAAGAUUUUAUGCAGUGCACACUACACGCACUUUCCAUGAGGGAGAUCCAGCCAUGACAGUACGUCGUAAUGAUUCUGGCUACUAUGUUGUACCCGUUGAUCGUCGACCACACACUAUAGAUUUCAUGUUUAAAAAUCAAAAUCUCGAAAAGUCCGGCAAAGCUGAUUGUGACACCGAAUUAAUGUGUGGCUAUCCCAUCUACAGUAGCAGAUGGUUGGGUUGGAAAGAACAAAGUUUCUUUAUACCCGCCUCAGCUCCCGCUCAAGGUGGUUGGCCUAAAAUGCAAAUAAUAUCGAAGAGGCAAACUACCUCAAGAAAUAUUUUAUUUACCUUGGAAAUCUCGGGACCCGAUCAUAUGAGCAUGUUUAUAGAACCUUUGAAAGAUACCAAAUUAAAGGACUGGUCAUUUACCAAAAUUCCUAUAGAUGAGAAAUUCGAGCCACCCUAUUUUGUUUACUUCUCUUAUGCCUUAGAUCCCACGCCUUUGAGAUUUAAUUUAGAAUUUGAGCGUGAAAGUGCCGACUGGUCGGGUGCCACAUUCGACAUUGCCAUUAUAGGUCAUAAGAUUCAUGAUGAAAUCUAUAAUACUCAAGAUUUUAGAUCAUUCUUAGCCUCUUUCCCUGCCUGGGCUUAUGUUAGUUCAUGGACGAGUUCUUUCGAAAGUUGGAGAUUAUAAACUUAAAUAAGAGUUUAAAGAAUAAAAAAACUCCCCAUAGCUUUAGUUUUAUAUUUAUUUAGUGAUUUAUUUGUUGCCACUGAAAAUGAACAAAGUGUUUAGAACAAUGAACGAACGAGAAAAAAACACAGAUUUAAUCUAAUGAAUACUUACACCAACAUUGUCCUUUACACCUUUUAAUUUUAUA